AUGGAAUUUUUUCUGAUUAGGCAAAAUACUCUCGCUCAACUCAACGAGCAAGCUGCAAAGAUUGAGGGUGUCGAACCCGAGAAAGAGAAUGCCCACAAUUUGACUGUUCGAGCUCAAUCACUUCUUGACGAGGCACAGAAAAAACUUGACGAGAAGAUUGCCGCUGAUGAGAAAGCUGCUCGUGUUGAAGCAAAAUUGCUUGAGAUCAAAGUCGUGCCCGAGAGUGUCGCCGCUCUUGCACAAGCUCCACAACAAGAAAUCCCACAAGACGAUCAGGAUGUGUUGAAGAGACAAGAAGAUGCCACUGAAGUCGACAUUGGAAAGCUUCAAGAGAAACUCGGUCAAGUCUUUUCGCUGAAUCCAAAUUUUUCAACCAAAGCAGCUACUCAAACUUUUGCA